AUGGCAUUCGAUGGCAACUGGAAGGUAGACAGAAGUGAAAACUAUGAAAAGUUCAUGGAGCAGAUGGGUAUUAACGUAAUGAAAAGAAAGCUAGGAGCCCACGACAACCUGAAAAUCACUAUUCAGCAGGAGGGAAACAAAUUCACUGUCAAGGAAUCAAGUACUUUCCGCAACGUAGAAAUAAUAUUCAUGCUGGGAGUCAAUUUUGAAUACAGCCUGGCUGAUGGAACUGAGCUCAGUGGUACUUGGAACCUGGAAGGAAAUAAGCUUGUGGGAAAAUUCAACCGGAAAGAUAACGGAAAAGAGCUCAAAGCAUUCAGAGAAAUCGUAGGAGAUGAAUUAAUUCAGACUUACAUAUAUGAAGGAGUUGAAGCCAAGAGAAUCUUUAAAAGGGUUUAA